UGUCAGAAUGGUAAUGCACCCUUUAGCAAGGGUCAAUAACACUGGUGUUAGUGAUCCAUGCAAAAUUGCUCUUGUGCUGUAAAAUGUAACUUCCUCAUUACAUGGUGGGUGGAAGAAUAUGAUGCCUUUUGUGUGGAUAAUGUGAAUGAAGAAAGCUUUAUAAAGCAGGAGUGUUAAGCCCCUGGACCAAGCUGAGUUCAGCCUCUUUCCAUAAUCACAUCAACAAAGAAGACACCAUGGCCUUCUCUGGCAAAUAUGAAGUGGAAAGCGAAGAAAACUAUGAUAGUUUUAUGCAACGCAUUGGGAUUCCUGCUGAUACAAUUGAAAAAGGAAGGAAUUUCAAGAUUGUGACUGAAGUGAUGCAGAAUGGAGAUGAAUUCAUCUGGUCCCAGAUUUACCCAGGAGGGAAGUCUAUGACUAAUAAAUUUGUCAUUGGCAAAGAGUCUGAAAUUGAGACCCUGGGUGGAAAAAAAUUCAAGGCAACCGUUAAAAUGGAAGGUGGAAAAGUGGUUGCUGACUUCCCUAAUUAUCACCACACUGCAGAGAUUGCUGGGGGCAAACUUGUAGAGAUUUCUACAGUUGGUGAUGUAACUUUCAAGAGAGUCAGCAAGAAGCUGGCAUAAGAAGAUACAGUGGUCAAGAGAUAACUCAAUCUUUAGGCGUACAGGAAAAUGCAAAAUAAAAA